AUGUCCUCUGUCUCUAAGAACGAGGUCCCGCCAUGGGGCCUCGCAGUGGCCGGCUCAACCGGCGCCAUCAUCGCCAACGCCCUCGUCUAUCCUCUCGACAUCGUCAAGACCCGACUGCAAGUCCAAGUCAAGCGCUCCCCAACCGACACUACCCCGCCUACGACAACCGAUCGACACUACAAUGGCACAGUGCACGCCAUCCUCUCGAUCAUGGAAGACGAAGGGCUCAGCGGUCUAUACAGCGGGCUAGCGGGGUCGUUGUUGGGUGUAGCGAGCACGAACUUUGCUUAUUUCUACUGGUAUAGCACGGUUCGGACGCUGUACUUAAAUCGGGUGCAGAAGUCGACUAAGGCGCCCUCGACAGCGAUUGAGUUGGCUAUUGGUGCAGUUGCUGGAGCAUUGGCGCAGCUGUUCACAAUCCCAAUUGCGGUUGUGACCACAAGACAGCAGACGCAGCCAAAAGGCGACAAGAAGGGCAUGAUUGCGACGGCGAAGGAGGUCAUCAACAGUGAAGACGGCGUGUCGGGGCUAUGGAGAGGUUUAAAGGCGAGUUUGGUGUUGGUCGUGAAUCCGGCGAUCACGUAUGGUGCUUAUCAGCGGUUACGCGAGGUCAUGUACCCUACCAAGGUCAACCUCAGACCUCAUGAGGCCUUCUUACUCGGCGCAAUGUCGAAGACAAUGGCCACAAUAGCAACCCAGCCUUUGAUUGUCGCGAAGGUCGGCCUGCAGUCCCGCCCACCGCCGGCACGACAAGGCAAGCCGUUCAAGUCGUUCCUCGAGGUCAUGCAGUACAUCGUUGAGAAGGAGGGUCUCCUUGGUCUCUUCAAGGGCAUCGCUCCACAGAUCUUGAAAGGUCUGCUCGUGCAAGGGAUGCUGAUGAUGGCCAAGGAGCGAAUAGAGCUGCUCUUCGUUCUUCUGUUCAAAUAUAUGCGCACUGUCCGGCAAGAGCAGCUCGAGAAGCUUGCUAAGAUUGCGGCCGAGAAGGCUGCUGCUCAGAAGAAGGCGCUGGGGGCUUAG